UUUACCGAGAUCAACAUUUUCCUUCAUGUUUUCAUUUUGACUCUUCUUCUCUUCAAUCGUUUUACUCUUCUCUUAAUUGUUAUUAAUUGUUCUUCUCCUUCUUCUUAAUUGUUGUCCCUAAUUCUAUCAGAUAAUUGCAAUGGAAUCAACGAUUAUCCAUAAAUUUCCAUUGUUUGAUUGUGUCUAUUAAAAGAUUGACCCGUUUGGUGUUUUCCAUGUUUUCCUCUUGUUAUUUGUUGAUGUUUUCUUUCACUCUAAAUAUUAUGUUCCUAAUUAACUGAUUCUAAUCAAGUGAUGGAUAAAAUAUCAACCACAAUCAAAUUAAUUUCGUUUUCUUCAUCUAUUGUUAUCAUCAUCUUCUUUUCUUAGUGUUGAUUUGUUUUUCUAAUUGAAGUAAACAAAUGUCUCUCUCAUCUAUUGGUGUCCAUUCAUCUAAAUCAUAUGUUUCCAUUUUCCCUGUCAUUAGAUUUAAUUACUUCUAAAUUAGUGUAUUUUCUUUAACCACAAUUAGUCGUAAAAUUGUCGUCAAUUGUUCAACUUAACGAUGACUCGAUUAUUCCGACGGCUUCUGGGUAGAAGGCGAAUUUUUUAUCCAUUUCUAGUAAUCAUUUGUAUCGCUAUUGUUUCAUCUAUACUCUAUUCAUUAGUCCAUGUAAAUCAAAGUAAUCAAGACUCAAUUGAUGAAGAUCCUAAUGUUAUGAUUAUGCUAAGUGAAUCUAAAUUACAAAAAGAGUUCAUUGAUAAAAAGGGAAUCCAUGUUAUCGUUGGUCAAUAUAAUGGUAAAAGUUUACCUUGGUUAGGAUCGGCCAAUCUGUCGCAAGAAAUUCUUAAUAGCAACAAUUAUAAUCCAAUUCCAAGGGCUGGUGAACAUGGAUCCCCUGUUUAUAUAUCUCAACAUGAACAACAGAAGGUGAAAAUUUUGUAUCAUAUAAACAAGUUCAAUAUCGUUGCUUCAGACAGAAUUUCAGUUGACCGGUCACUUCCUGACCCCCGGAAACAAAGUUGUAAAGAAAGGAUUUACGAUAGACCUUUAGGUAAAUCGAGUAUCAUCAUUGUCUUUCACAACGAAGCUUGGUCAACUUUGGUUCGAACUGUUCAUUCGGUCAUUAAAACUUCACCGAAAUCCAUUUUGGAAGAGAUAAUUAUGGUCGAUGAUGCGAGUACUCGAACUUUUCUUGGAAUCGAACUAGAUCAUUAUAUGAACAAUUUAACUUUAUCAUCUUCAAUUCCAAUUAAGAUCAUUCGUUCCACUCAGAGAAUUGGAUUGAUUAAAGCUCGUCUGAUUGGAGCGGAAAAAGCGACCGGUCAAGUGUUAACUUUUCUUGAUGCUCAUUGCGAGGCUACAACUGGUUGGUUAGAACCUCUUCUCGAUCGAAUUGCAUCCGAUCCUAAACGGGUCGUUUGUCCGGUCAUCGAUAUUAUCCAUGAGGAAACUUUUGCUUUUGCAAGAAGUUUUGAGCUACAUUGGGGUGGAAUCAAUUGGAACCUUCAUUUCCGCUGGUAUCCCAUUGGUCAAGCUGAAUUAUCUCGAAUUAAAAAACCCGAUUCUUCCGAAGCUAGUCAACCAUUUCGAACUCCCAUCAUGGCUGGUGGCUUAUUUGCCAUUGAUCGAUCAUAUUUCUACUCCAUUGGUUCUUAUGAUGAUCAGAUGGAUAUUUGGGGUGGUGAGAAUAUUGAACUUUCCCUGAGAGUUUGGCAAUGUGGUGGAACCAUGGAAAUUGUUCCCUGUUCCCAUGUCGCUCAUUUAUUCCGAAAAUCGUCACCAUACACCUUCCCAAGGCCCGAUGGAGUUACUGGUGUUUUAUACACAAAUUUGGCUCGAGUUUUACAUGUUUGGAUGGAUCCUGAUUAUCUCAAUUUCUUUUACAAAAUUAAUCCAAUCAUGAUGAAAACAAUUUACGGUGAAGGUUCAUCUGCAUCAAAUCAAGAUCUAAGUCAAAUACCCGAUAAAUUAAACAAUUUAACCCAACGAUUAGAGCUUAAGAAACGUUUAUCUUGUAAAAGUUUCUCAUGGUUUUUGGAUAACGUUUGGCCUGAACACUUUUUCCCGACUCAUGAUAGAUGGUUUGGUAAAAUUCGUAACAUUGGUCUUGGUGAAUGUCUUCAGAGACCAAAUGCCGAUGGUGGACCUUCGUCGAGUAACGGGGUUGGCCAAGUUGAUUUAGAUCGAUGUGCAAUCGAAACUUAUUCACCUCAAUGUUUCGUUUACACUAAACAAGGAACCAUUUUAACGGACGAAUCGAUCUGUUUGGAUGCGAUUAACACGGACACCGAUCCGUCGGUUUUACUUCUUGCCUGUUCUCAAUCUACUAGACAAAAAUGGAGAUUCUCACAUGAUGAUAAACGUAUUCUUCAUGUUAAAAGUGGCCUUUGUCUUGACCUGGAUCGAAUUAAUCGAAGGAAAUUAACGCUGAAUAAAUGUUCACCCGUUAAAAGUCAACAAUGGGACAUGAUGGCAAUCGAUUGGUCAAAACAAUCAACCUAAAAAAAAAGAUCGAAAGAGAAAAACAGUAAAUUUUUUUCCAAAUUCUUCUCAUUGGAAUCAAGAGUAGACAAAAAAAUCUUUUCCAUUUAAAGUUUUACUCUAAUUGUUGCCAAAUUUGGUUAAUCAACUUUAUUUAAAGCUUAAUUAGCGACCUGAUUGUAAAUACAAAUUGUGAUUAGUACUUUUUUUUCACCGACUUUAAAACAAUUGACAUUCUCCCAGUGAAAGAUAACUUGCCUUUUCUUAAUUGUACCUACAUGAUAAGAGGUCACAUUCAUCAAUGGAACCACCAAAAAGUUGAUUAGAUUAACAAUUAAGGAGAAAUUAAAAAUUCACCAAAAUUUUGUAUCAAUUAACAAGGAAAAUUGUGAUACCAACAAUAUGACACUCAAAUCUAAUUGUAAAUUAUUCGAUAAAAAAUUCGCAAUUGUAAUUUUAAAACUAAUCAAUUUUCUAUUCAAUUAUUCAAACAUCAAGUUAACGAAACAA